AUGGUCGGAAUCGAUAUCGUGGAGCCCGCAGAAAUUCCUGUGAUCGACUUCCAAGCUCUCUCAGCUGGCACUCUACAGGAGCGCAAGACUGCGCUCAAACAGCUAGAUGAUGCAUUCCAAUCGGUUGGACUUAUACAUCUUUCCAACCAUAGCAUUGGACAGGAUCUCGUAGACGAGGCAUUUGCAUGGUCUAAACGCUUCUUUGAUCUCCCAGAUGACGUGAAGGAGCUAGUUCGUCACCCUCAUGACGCGUCUGACCACCGUGGCUGGGUAGCUGCUGGCACUACCGUCUCAAGUCAAGGUGUUUGGGAUCAAGAGGUUAUCGAGCGCAUACAUAAAACCGGCCCAGUGGAAAAGAGGGAGAGCUUCGAGACAGGAGACCCCUACCCGAGCAGGAUUCCAAACCCUAACUUCAUACCAAAUCGGAUACUGCCUGAAGAAAUCUUUCCUGGCUUUGAGGCAUUCACUAGGAAGUGGUGGGAUGCAUGUGUAGAGCAAGAGCUUCAGCUUCUCCGGUGUCUAUGUGAAAUCCUUGAUAUCCCAGACAAAGAUUUUCUUGGGAAACAGCAAAACCCGGACUUUAAUCGCAGUGCAACUGGUUGGAAUCAUUAUCUAUCUAUACCCUUUCAAUCCCUGGCCAGUGGACAAUCUAUUCGUCUCAAUGCUCAUACAGACUAUGGGCAAUUGACUUUAUUGUUCCAAGAUACGACUGGUGGACUCGAAGUCGAGGAUAAAGAGGCCGGCAUUUUCAGGCCUGUGCUCCCUAGACCCGGUAUGGUUAUUGUUCAGAUUGCCGAUAUGCUUGAGAGACAGUCAAAUGGGAGAUGGAAAAGCUCCUUGCAUCGGGUUACUACCCCUCAUCACCUAAAGCACAGUGAUGUAGGUGAUAGUCUGUUGAUUGAGCGAUUUUCGAUUGGUUUCUUUAUUCAGCCUGACUUCGACCUGGUUAUAAAACCUCUUCCGGGUUGUGAAGCCAAAGGGAGAUGGUCAUCACUGGAGUGGGAGGAUGAAAUCACUGCUGGUGAGUGGCUGACUAGGAGAGUCGCUCUGGAAUAUCGACCCUCGGACAAGUAA